GUCCAGAGUUAAACCUUAUCCAUCAUUCAUUUCCUUUACUUUCUUAGAUCACAAUAACAACAAAAAUUAAAACAAAAACAAAACAAAACCGCGGCUAAUCUUAUAGAUCUUACAUACCUUUUUGUCAAUUUCGCAUUCGAGUCUCUUCGCACCUGCAAUAUGGCUACAUCUAAAAAGAUCUUCUCCCUCGAAGAGAGGGGCCUGAAGCUGAAUACAGCUCAGGAUCUAGAAGCCCACAUUGGCCCUCUUCGGGCUAUGGACGACGUCGAGGAGGUUCGCAUCCUAGGAAACACCUUGGGCGUCGAGGCUUGCAAACUUCUUGGAGAAGUAUUGGCUACUAAGAAGACCCUAAAGGUCGCGAACUUGGCUGAUAUAUUCACCGGCCGUCUGCUAAACGAAAUUCCCGAGGCCCUCUCGUCUCUGCUCACCUCCAUCCUCAACCUACCUAACCUCCGAACUAUCAACCUCAACGAUAACGCAUUCGGUCUCAACACUCAGGCGCCUUUGGUUGCUUUCUUAUCUAGCCACGUCCCGCUUCAGCACCUUUACCUCAAUAACAACGGAUUGGGUCCCCACGCCGGUAUACUCAUCGCCGAUGCGCUUUCAGAGCUUCACAAGAAGAAGGAGGAGGCCAGGAAGGCUGGACAAGAUGUACCCUAUCUCGAGACCGUUAUCUGUGGUCGGAACCGGCUGGAAAAUGGCAGUAUGCUCGCCUGGGCUAGAGCUUUUAGCCUCCACAACAAGGUCAAGGAAGUAAAGAUGGUUCAGAAUGGUAUUCGGAAGGAAGGAAUAGAGCAACUGCUCACCGCUGGUCUGAAUCACGCGACGGAACUUAAAGUACUAGACCUCCAGGACAAUACUUUCACUAUUAAGGGAGCGAAGGCAUUGGCAAAGGUUGUACCUCUUUGGGCCGAUAUACAAGAGCUGGGUAUCGGUGAUUCGUUGCUUGGCGCUAAGGGUGGUGUCUUACUCGCUAAUGUCCUUUCCAAGGGCCAGAACAAAAAGCUAGAGACCCUUCGCUUGCAGUACAACGAGAUCGCCGCGGCGGGAAUUCAGGGUUUUGCCUCUGCAGCAAAGGACGGUUUGCCGGCACUGAAGAGAAUCGAACUCAACGGCAACAAGUUCUCAGAAGACGAUGAGGCUAUCGUGGCUCUUCAGGGCUUACUAGACGAGCGAAAGGAGAAAUUCGGUGGUGAUGUUAUUGAUGAGGAUGCUUGGGGAGUGGACAGUCUUAGCGAUCUCGAGGAUUUAGACUCGGAUGAGGAGGAAGAAGAAGAUGAGGAGGAGGAGGAUGUUUCUACCGAAGAGAAAGCCGAGAAACUAGUCAAAGAGGCUGAGGAGGCACAGGAAGAGCCUACAGUCCAACUUAAGGAUAGCGAUGUUGAUGCGCUAGCCAAGAAGCUAGAGAAGACUGGCAUCUAGGGGGGGACGAACAAGUUCGAAACUGUUGUUCGAUAUGACCCGAUCACAUAUGGAGAGAAUGAGGACGAUACCCCUAGGUCUUAGAGAACCAACAGUCUAAUUUGCCCCUAAUAUAAAGAAAAGAAUGAUACUUAUUUUCAUAACCAUGCCUCAGUAUAAGGGACAAUAAUAACCCAAUCCAUUUGUAAUUGAUACAUUCAAUUUAAUUGCUAUCAGGCCUUGUCUCGCGAGACCACUGAAA